AUGAUUUCCUCACCUCAUUCUCGGUCAAGCACUAUCACUUCUAUAUUUAAACAGAAUCAACCAUCAAACGCUGCAACAGGUCUUCCAACCGAGUGUCUUACGCAGAUAUUCGAAAACUUCGACGUAAACGACUAUGCUGGUUUGCAUACGGCACUUUUGGUGAAUCGUCGAUGGUGUAAAGUCGCUGUCGCUUAUCUCUGGCAAGCUCCAUUUACUUUGGAAAACUUGUCAAUGCGACGACAGGAGAAUCUCAUUUCAGCUUAUAUAAAGUCUUUAAGUGUUGAAGCGAAACAACAACUUAUAACAGAGUAUGAUUUGAAGCUACCAAAUCAGUUAGGUAUAGAAGCUACUGCUACUUUUAAUUAUGCUUUGUUUUUAAAAGAUUUGGAUAUGGAAAGACUUUUUAAAACGGUUGAAACAUGGUGGGAAGAGAGUUGCGAAAAGAUUGGGUGUCAACGAACUCGUACAAAGUUUCUUCGUAAUCGGUUUCUCGUAAAUCAAUCACAUACAUCAAUUAUUAAUGAUAAUGAUGACAACUCUAGUUUGAAUUCCGGUGAUGACGAAGAUAACAAGAUUCUCGAUAAAGAAGACACUAAUAAACAUAAUCAUACUACUACCGCGGACAACACGAAUCAAAAAAAAUCCGUAGAAUUUGAAGAUAAAACUGGCAACUUUCAGGGUAACAUUUUCAAAGAGACACGAGAGCGCGAACGUAUACGUCAGGAAUUAAAAAUGAGACAAAUCCAGAUGACAAUGAUGACUCUCUGGCAGCACUUUUAUCGAUCGUCAAAGGUACACACAUUCCGAUAUAAUACCGCACAUACAUUAUUCCCAGACAGCAUGAAUUUAAUAUCGACGAUACCACAAAUUGAUUCAAGAUUUUUUUCGCGCGUUCAAACACUGGAGAUGGGUGAAAGGACUCCGGAAGGGAUCUUUGAGUUAAUUUCAUCGCACAAUUGUCAAAUGAUUCAUUCAUUGAGUGUCAAAUAUCCAGUGACCGAUCAAGCAAUUACCGAUUUAGCAAAAUUGGUUACUAUGCAAGAAUCGCUCGAGUAUUUAUGUUUGCAUGGAUCCGGAGGAGGAAUUCGAAAAAUUGUCGAUGCUUUACAAUAUCAAUUAUCAUCGUUGAAGUGUGUAAAUUUUUACAAAACGCACAUAACGCAAUCAUUAUUAAUUACGCUUGGAAAUGCACCGAAUUUAUCACUUGUUAUAUUUGAUAGAUGUCGUGCAUGUUUCUUGCCAGAUUGGAGACCAGCUCGCGAUCCCGCAACAUGGCGCGCACUGGAAAAAUUGGUGGCGAUCGAAACAGAUUUGCCAGAGGAAGUACUGCAAAAUAUCAUUGCUAGUGCAAUUCGCACUUUAUGUGGGUUAUGGGUGAGAAAUCAUGACAACAGAUUCGGUGUGGAAUUUAAUAGAGAAAUAUUAGACUUUGCAAGACAAUGUUGUAUUAAUGAAAUAAUUUCUGAUCCUGAGUUACAGCCUCGAUUGCAAAGACUCAAUUUUGAAUAA